CUGUGUGGUCGUCGUCUGAGUCGAGUCCCUUCUCUUUCAGCAGUUCCCCUCUGCCCCGAGGAGCAGUGCAGCCGCCAUGGACCGCGUCCAGCUCGUGCUCCUGGGCCUCCCCAUCCUCCUCUUCUGCUCCGACGUCGUCAACCUCUUCGCGCCGCAGCCGGCCCUCAACCCCGAGCACCAGCAGCGCCCGGCCCCGGACGCCUUCCAGCCCGACAAUCCCUCCGCCGCCGACGCUUCCAUACAGGAGCUGCGGGUGGAUGGACCUGGCUCCGGCACCACCGUCGAGUUGAAGUUCUGCGCCUCCUGCUCGUACAGGGGAACUGCAAUGACCAUGAAGCGGAUGCUGGAAACCUCAUUUCCUGGGAUUCAUGUCGUCUUGGAAAAUUACCCUCCACCGUUUCCCAAGCAUGCACUCAGCAAAGUUGUGCCUCUUCUCCAAGUUGGAGCCAUGGCAACAUUAAUGGCUGGCGAUCAGAUUUUCCCUAGAUUUGGAAUGGUUCCACCUCUAUGGUACUACUCACUGCGUGCUAAUAGAUUUGGAACCAUGCCAUCGAUUUGGCUGUUUGGCAAUUUUGCUCAGUCAUUUCUACAAAGUUCUGGUGCCUUUGAAGUUUACUGCAAUGGGCAACUGGUUUUCUCAAAAUUGUCUGAACAGAGGUUUCCUAGCGAGUUUGAGCUACGGGAGCUCAUUGGCAACAGGUUACCAGACUCUCAAUUUGGGGAGAAUCUGGAAAAGGUCUUGUCUUAGAUGAUGAUGUCAAGAGACCCUACUAUCAUCCACGUUGUUACUAAAUAGACAGAAUUUCUUGAACGUUUCACGACUUAUUGUCAAACACACAAUGUUUUAGAAUUCUAGAUUUUAUUUAUCCCCUUUUGUACACAUAACGGUUUACCAUGACUAUGUAAUAACACAGUUGACACUAUGUUAAUCCAAAAUUAUCACAGAUUACAAUA